AUGCCAUUCCAUAAGGCAACCAAAUCUUUGGCAAAAUUACUGGACCCACAAGAAGAGUUGUUCCCAGUAUGCAGCAUUAUAGACCAAGAUCACUAUCAACCUCUUUGCCUACUUCACGAGAAGAAGAAAAGACAUCGGUUGUGGAAGAACAGCCGUUUUCAGAAAACUGAAUACCGGCUAACAGAUGUGCUUCUUUCAGGAGGCCAUGCUGCAAAACUAGAUAACAGAGACCCAGUUACCAUUGUGGACCAGGUUGAUGGAACACUGGAAGGAGAUAUAGGUGGACUUAAUACCAGCAUGGAAAUAAAAGGCAUUACCAGUGUGUCUCGUGUGAGGACUGCGAAGGUGCAAAAGAUAAAAGUGCCCCCCACAUUCCUUGAUGCUAUGACAAAGGAGGCGAAAAUCAACAUGGAUCAUGAGUUCAUUAAACAAUCAAAAGAGUGUCAAAAGAAUCUUUAUGUGGUGACUGAGGCAGUAGUGACUGUGGAAGAGACACAGUUUGAUGAAUCCAGCAAAAUGGAAGGCAGCAUCUUUUAUGAAGCUUAUCUCAAAAUAAGGCUGAAGGGUUCCAGAAAUAGUAGGAAAGCUAUUAUUAUCCCAAAGUCUAGCAUCCUUGCAUUCAGAGCCAAGAAACUACUACUAAGAGAGGGAUCAUCAGGUAUUGCCUACUAUACAGAGGAUAAACGAGGAACAUUUCAACCAUGCCCAUUUCGUGCUGAUGCAGUGUUUUUGAAAGUCAGUGAAGACCUACAGUCAGAAGUUAAACGGGAAUGCAUACAGUUUUCAUUUUUAUCUGAAAAUCUACGUGGCACAUUUCUAAAUAGCUUUGUGGCUGUGAUGAGGGACAGGAACCUCUUACAAAAGCUAGAGCUCCAGCUAGAGGAGGCUCUUGAGGGCCCUGGCCAAUGCAAGCUGAAGACUGACAAACCAGAGUUGCAAGGUCUGGUGGAGAACUUACAAGAACCCAGUGGAGCCAUUAUCACUAAACUUGCAGAAGCCGUCCUCUACUUUCUGGGAGCUCUGGAUGAACUGGGAGAGGAACAAUUGAUGCUCCUGGAAGAAUCUGUGGGAAAGAACAUUGUAUCCAAGCAGCUGGCACUGGUUGAGAACAUCUUGGACAAUAAUCAAAGCAACAGAGAAAAAGUUGAAUCCAUGCAUAAAAUAUCUGUGGAAACGGAGACUGCCUAUACUCUUUUUACCCCUACUGUUGAAUAA